AUGAACUCAGUAGAGCCAGAUACCAAAAAAGAAUGCCGUUCAAUUGGGCGGAAAGUCGAGUUUUCAGGUAAAAUAAUUUUUUUUGUAAAAAUUGCUGGGACCGUCGCUUUAAAGUUCUGCAUGUUGUUUUUGCAUGCAUAAUAGCUAAAAAUUAAAAAAACACAUUUUGUAUUCUUAUUUUAAACGUACUUUUCAUGAAUUAUUUAGAAAAUAGUUUUUUAGGUAAUAUCUAGUGAAAACUGACUGUUUUUUUUAACAAAUGUAAUGUUUAAUGAUACAUUUUCAUAUUAUUGUGAUUUCAGAUGAUGUUAAAAUCCGACAAAUUGAAUAUACGUCUGAUUCGGACACUGAUUCCGAUCCGCCAAAGGCCAAAAGAUAUCGUGGUUUGAAGCGUCCGUUCGCUACGAAAUCCCUUGUGGAUUGCUCGAGCAGCGACGAUGAAAGAGAAGAAGAUGAUGUUUUUGUAAAAAAGGUUGAGACUUCUGAUCAAGGAACAAUUACUGAUCCGGUGGUAUGUUUUCGGUUUUUUUUGAGUUUUAGGUAAUAACCAAGUACAUUUUUGUUGUAAAUGUGAUGGCUAUAAGCAGAGUUGACACGAAAUACGUUAAGCGUUUUAAUCCGCCGCAACGUUUUUAAAAUUUUUGUUUACAGAUAAUUCUUUAUGGACAAGAACAACGCCCUUAUAUGGAGACAAUGCCUAUUGGAAACGGGAAGUUCUACAAAAUGACCCAUUUUGGACAUCAGUUUACUUUAAUUCUUUGCGGAAAGUAUCCCAUGCCUGUUACGGAGUGGUACGAUUGCAUUCAGGUAAUCUUUUAAUUAUUUUAAGCUGGCUUUAGGUGCUGAGUUCUUUUUUUACAAAUAGUAGUACUCUGAUCUGACUCAUUGCUUUAAAAUUUUAGUAAUUUCAAAACGAACAAUAAAAACUUAUUUUUAGAUCAGCGAAACUUUGUCCGUCGACUCUACAUUCGAUCUGAUUGUUAAAUUAUUGCCUUAUCAGCGGGCCGAAACGCUCGUCUUAAUCCCGAAUGGCCGUUGGUUAGACCAUAAGAUGCCAUACUACGGUCCACCAAAUUCUGUCUUUGAACGAUUGCAGCAUCUGCGGCGACAAUGCUUGGAGGUGUACCAAGGAGAAAAUUACCCAACACAAUUUAUGGUUCUCGGCCUUCCAAGACGGCCGUAUGAAUCCUUCAAAGCGUUCCACGAAUUCUGCAGACUUCUGGAGAACAAAUAUUACGAUACGAUGCCAUUGUUCGAGACCAUUAACCAAAAUCAGAUCCAGCUUGACUACCCGUUAUACGAGAUCAACGACUAUUUUGCUGCCUGCGUCUUGCACAAUACUAUGGUUCAGAUCAGAGCCAGUAUAGAGCGUGUGGUGCGAGUCGAUCGUUCUCUGUGCUACAAAAGUCCUUUGUCUUCAAAAAGGUUCAAAGCGGGUAUUUGA